AUGUGUAGUCAAGAAGAAGACGAAGAUUGUUCUUGUGUAUUCAAUUCAAUCAUUAAAAAGAAUGAAAGACUAUUUUAUUGUAUUAAAUGUCAAUCACAAUCAUCUGUAUUAAUAAGAAAAGAUGAUCCAUCUUUAUGCAAAUCAUGUUUUAUUCAUCAUUGUUUACAUAAAAUCAAUAUGAUAUUUGGAAAAUAUAAACUAACAACUACUCAAAUGAAUAAUAGUAGUAAUAAUAAUCAUAAUAAUAUGGCUAUAGCAUAUUCUGGUGGUCAAAAUUCAUCUACUUUAUUAAACUUAAUCAUACAAUAUAAUCAUGAUAAUGCAAUGAAGAAACGAACUAGAAGGAUAAUCCCAAAAGUCUUUCAUCUGAUUGAACCAUAUGAUUCAGAAGAUCAUUUAAAAUUCAUUACAAAUAACAUGAAGAAUAGUCCCUUUGAAUAUCAUAAUAUUUCUAUGAAUGAAAUUUCAGAAAUGAAUAAAUGGCCAAGUAAAUUAACAUCUUCAUUACUUAGUAGUCAACAACGAUUUCAUAAUUAUUAUCGAUUAAAUUUAUUAAUUGAUUGUGCAAGAAAACUUGAUUGUAAAUAUCUAGUUUUAGGUGAAUGUAGUAAUAGAGUUACAGUGAAAUAUUUAUUAGAAAUUAUAGAAGGUCGUGGAAAUCAUAGCAGUAUACAAACAUCAUUCUUAGAUGAACGAUACCAAGAUAUAACAAUUGUUAGACCAUUACGUGAUUUUCUGGCGAAAGAAAUAGCUUUAUACGCUCAUUUUAUGCAUUUGGAAUUUGUUACACCCAAUGAUCCAUUAACAUCAAUUGUUCUUAAAAAUCCUAAUGUCAAUACAUUGGAAAGAUUAACUCAAGAUUUCUUAGCUACAUUGCAAACUGGUGGAUUCCCAUCGACUACUGGAACUAUUCUUAGAACAUCUUCGAAAAUUGUUCUGGAAAAUGACUCUCAAAUUACAUGUAGUUUCUGUCAUUUUCCUGUAUCCAAUACUGACUCUUCUAAUGAUCCUGACAAGUUGGCUACAAAAUCUAUGAUACAUUCUUCCUCUUUAUCUAAUCCUGAUUCUUUUAAUAAAAAAACACUUACUGGAAUUAUUGACAAAGACUUAUGUCUCUCCUGUUCACUAAUGUUCAAAGAACUUUCUCUUUGUACAUGAAUAACAAUUUUAAUACUUUUUCCCAGUUUCUGUUUCGCUACUUUUUAUCCCAAACACUACGGGCCCACUAGAUAAAAAAAGUGGUAACAAGAUUAAAGAUGCAAUCUUCUAAGAAAUUGUUUUCCAUAUGCUAUCUUAGUUAAUGUUUGAAGACUGGUUUGUAUCGUUAUCCCUCAGCGAUUUCGAAUAGAGUAUGAGUGUGAAGAGCUUCGUACUGAAGUCCUUAAGGUUAGAAAACGUUUAUGAUGUUUGAUGCACACCAAGAAGCUAUCCUGUGAUUCUAAUCCAUUAGGGGGACCCUAAAUUGUAGAGAUCUGAUAGGUAAGGGAAGUUCUCGCAUGCCUUUUUUGAAGACUUGACCCUAUAGGAGGGGUGUGGACAAAAGUAGUCCGACACGUAGUAUCGAGUGCCAGACGUUUUCGCUCACUAGGCCCGACUAAUCGCUUACUCUAUUCGCUCUCUCCGCUCAUACCUCGACAUAAAUCUCGAACAUCAAUUCGCAAAUGACACUACUGAAGAAAUUGUGACUCAGAGAUUAAGAAAAGCUGUACAAAAAGCAUUUAAUGCAGCCAGACUAAAUGCUAUCUUUUACAACCACCUCACAAUAAGAACGACCAAUAAAGACAGAUUGCCUGAGUUCACCAAAUCUAUGUGUAUUUAUCGAUCCAACUGCUCCUGUGGAGUCAGUUAUAUAGGACGUAAAAUUCGGCAAGUUCGUCAUCGUAUAACAGAGCACCAUCCGUCGUGGUUAAGCAAAGAACAGGUAAGAGUGAUUAAGAGUUCUAUCCUCGCUCACUUGGUUGACACAGGUCAUCAAGUUGAACUGAAUAAAGCUUUUAAAGUUAUCUACCAUAUUCCAUCAAAUUUACCACAUGGUUUACGAAUGCGCCUUUUGCACAUUGCGGAAACCAUCGCAAUCCAUGUUCACAAAACUAAUCUUUGCAUUCAAAAGAAAUUUCUACAACCACUUUCUCUGCCUUGGCCAUCGGUAUAAGAAUGCUGGCAGCAGAACUAUUUCUCGUACUUCUUCCAUUUAGUUAGUUUUUUGAACUUUGUAAACUCAACACUGAUCUCUUGAUUCUUACAUAACUAUUAUUCUAUUGACCAUCCAUUAAAAUAUUCUGUUCCUUAUCUUUUUCAUACAUUAUGCAACGUAG